AUGAUGAUGCGGCGGCACACAACGCCCGCGCGCGCGCGCACUGUCUGCGAGUACCCGGUGCCGUACCAUACCGCAUUGUGUCACGUCACGCGAACGGGCGAGAUGAAAUGCGCAAUCAGACUACUACCCUUCGUCUGCCGUCCACGGGAGCGGACUACCGUGACCGGGGGCCCAGCGGCGGCGGCGGGUUCAAUGGGCGACGGCGACGACGGCGACGGUGGACGGUGGACGGUGAAGGAAGCUGGAUGGACGGGGGGGAGGGACGGGAACAUGACCGUUCGAAACAUGGGCAUGGCAGGCAGGCAUUGGAUUGGGGGGGUGAGAUGGUGGAUGUGCAUCUGGCACUGUCGAACAAGCUUUUCUGGGUCUGGAACUGGAGCAGAGACAAAAAAGCUUGCUUGA